ACAGUGGUGUUGUCUUUUGUUUUUGGUUUAAAACGACGUGGCAUUUGUCCAAAAUUCUCACACCAUUUUCAUUUCAAUCCUCUCUUCUUCCUCGUUUCAUCCAUCGGCUCGGCUCGGCUCGGCUGGACCAUCCCACGCCGCCGUUAGCUGCGGCAGCUCCGGCCACUACCCUCUCUUCGCCAUUCAGUUAUUGCAGUGUAUUUUGGUUUAGUUGCAAAGUUUUGGAGUCUGAGUGGGAGAUUGUGAAGUAAGAAAGAUGGUGAAAUUGACUAUGAUUGCCCGUGUUACCGAUGGUCUUCCACUAGCUGAAGGACUGGAUGAUGGCCGUGAUCUUAAAGAUGCAGAAUUUUACAAACAGCAAGUCAAGGCUUUGUUUAAGAAUCUGUCAAGAGGACAUUAUGAGGCAUCUAGGAUGUCAGUUGAAACUGGCCCUUACGUUUUUCAUUAUAUUAUAGAAGGACGGGUCUGUUACUUGACAAUGUGUGAUCGUGCAUACCCUAAGAAACUAGCUUUUCAAUAUCUUGAAGAGCUCAGGAAUGAGUUUGAGCGUGUUAAUGGAUCUCAAAUUGAAACUGCUGCUAGACCUUAUGCCUUCAUUAAGUUUGAUACAUUUAUACAGAAGACAAAGAAACUUUACCAGGAUACUCAUACUCAGCGCAAUAUUGCAAAAUUGAAUGAUGAACUCUAUGAAGUCCACCAGAUAAUGACUCGAAAUGUGCAGGAAGUUCUUGGUGUGGGUGAACAGUUGGACCAGGUCAGCCAAAUGUCCAGUCGGUUAUCAUCAGAAUCUCGCAUUUAUGCUGAUAAGGCUAGAGAUUUAAAUCGGCAGGCUCUGAUUCGGAAGUGGGCCCCUGUUGCUAUUGUUUUUGGAGUUGUCUUCGUACUUUUCUGGCUCAAAAAUAAACUUUGGUGAUUGAGCGCAGUAUCUGACAUUUAAAAUCUGAGUUCUUGCUGCUGUGGCUUCUUGCUUUUAGCACAUGAUCAUCCAGAUUUGCGCAGAUUGUUGGGAACCCUAUAUGCAUGAGAUGAUGUCGACUUUUUCUGGACAACUUUGAUUUAGAAAAAAAGACUACCCUCUGAUACAUCUGAGCAUGGAUGGAUCAGGCUUUCUGGAACAGGGACCAUUUAGCUUUAUAGUAAGGAGCCAAGAUAUGAGAAAACUUGAUGCCCUUGGGGAUGCAUAUAGGCAUUUCUUCUUUCUACUUCUCAAUUAUUUUCAGGAUUAUUUCGUCGAUGAAUUAAAUAUAUUUUACCUCCGAUUUUCUUGUUUCCAUUUGAGCAGCUGAUUUAGAAUUGCGCAAUAUCGCUAGUAUAAUAAUGAUAAUGAGAGUGCUUGUUCGAAGGCAUGAUCAACCUUAUUU